AUCGGAUAAGGCCACGAUUUCAAGGUUUACCUAGUAGAGCUUCUAGUUUUCGCGGCCAAACUCAUCUUAUAAAUCCGUGACGUAUUUUCCGCAACUCUAGUGAAGCUGUAUUCGGGGACGAAAACGAAAAUGUUGUCCAUAUCCCUCCUCCUCCUAAUCUUCCUCGUCGAGCUAGGUGCUCAUUUGGUAAAUACCGUGGGCGCCGCAACGAUAAAUAACAUAUUAUGGAAUCUAUAUCUAGCCUUCCCGACACAAACUUCGACGCAAGCCGCGGAGCAGAAGAAGCUGCGAAAAGAAUGUGUCUCUCUCCGCCGUGACCUAACCGCUACGAGCAGCCAGGAUCAGUUUGCGAAAUGGGCGAAGCUCCGACGACAACAUGACAAACUCGUGGAGCAGCUAGAAAAGAUGAAAACUUCUCAUGAUGCCUCGAAGGCGACUUUCGAUCGAUACGUUAACAUUAUACGUUGGUUGGCUACGACUGGCCUGAAGUUCGUCCUUCCUUUCUGGUAUGCAAAGCAGCCGAUGUUCUGGCUUCCGCAAGGCUGGUUCCCGUACUACGUCGAAUGGAUAUUAUCCUUCCCACGAGCUCCGGUCGGCAGCGUUAGCAUCGCAUCAUGGCAAACGGCCUGUACUGGAGUGGUCUUGUUGACAAGUGAUACCAUCGCUGCUAUUCUAGGACUACUGCUGGGUGCAAAGAUGGCUCAGAAGCCACCAGUCGGGGUUGGCAUGGAGAAGGGACCGAUACCCAAAUCACAAGAGGCAAAGAAUAAAAAGGAUUCAUGAACACGAAAUUCAUAGAUAAAUAUGGACUACCGAGUUUACCUAUCGUAAGUAG